GCUCGAGCUUGUCCCCGGUUGAAAUAAACCUCGCUUUCGGUGGAACAUAUCACCUAUUUAACCUCUUAGAAGAACAUCAAACAAAGUCUCUUAUAGUACUGAUUUUGGUCUGCGAAACGUAAAUCCCCUCAGCACUACCGACGUAAAAUUCUGUUGUCUGCGAAACGUAAAAACUUCUCGUUUAUUUCAAAUCAUUAUUUUCUCAUUUCGUGGUCGUGGUCGCCUAUUUUUCUGCAUAUUCUUAUCGACCGUGGUGUUGAUUGUUGUUCGUUACCGUCGCGUCCUGCUAAAGUUUUGCCUCUCUUCAUUGUUGCCGAUUGUUUCCCACAGCAGAAGCCCAGUGCUCGAACACGAUCGGAGUGCACCAGCGAGGCAUUGCUGGGUGAAGCCAGAAAAAGAAGCUGCAUCAUCAACACCUCCAAAUCCAGUAACACUCACACAACGACCACAAGAACGACGCACAGUUUGAAACUGUACUGAGGCAGCCGACAUCGUCGCUCUCUAGGCCUGGCGUGAAAAAGAGAAAGGCAGAAGUACAUCAGGCCCUGGUGGUAGGCUCUGAAGACUGCGAAGCCUUUCAGGAACAACAAGCGCGAAAAAGCUCUUCACCUUGGACACCAGCAGCGCAGUUCUGCAAUUAUGACGACGCUCGGUGGUGGUCCCUCACUCGGCCGGGGGCCGUCGGGCGCGACAAAAUUUCUGCUCAAAUUUGACUCCUUCCGGGAAAUACCCUCGGACCUGACCGAGCCCACGUUACUCGGCAGCGUGUUCACCCUCUUCGCAUACUUUCUUUGCGGUACAAAAAUUGAACUUGAACUGAAAGCUGGAUCUUCAUCACCAUCAUUUUCAUUUUCGCAGUGCUAGAACGAUGAAUGUAAACGUACACAAGAACCUGCUGAUGUUUUCCAGGACAACACACAUAAAAAUCCACCACACAACAGGUACACUUUUCAUGUGCGAGCUGUGGGGCUUUUUGAUGGCGGAACACUCUACCCGCAUUGUCAUGGACGGCAACCAGGACAAGCAGCUCCGCAUCAACUUCGACAUUUUGAUGCACGAUCUGGCGUGCAAGCACCUCACCAUAGGAAUUUGGGAUUCCUUCGGCAGCGAGCGCCUGAACAUCACCAGCAAUAUUGUGAAGUCCAGGAAAAUGCACGACGGUAUAGUAUUGACAUUGACCACCUACAUUUGAACAUGCGCUACAUAUUUUUACCCUCUAAGUCAUGUGUUACAGCUACGCGUUCGCUUCAUGAAGGGGUAGUACUACGGCCGCACAGAGCUGCAACUGCAAGAUCUUUCUCCUAUCGCUCUCCACCAAGACUACAUCUACAGGUACGUUCCAUCCCUACACGGAUUCGGAGCUCCUAGCGUUGGACAAGCACAAUUUCACCGCCGAAGAAAUGGAGGAGUACAACAAGGACUGGGGCAGCAGCGCCGAGAAGCACAUAUGCACUGCAAAAGUAUCGUACUCGUACUAAUUGCGUUUAUGCAUUACAAAUUUUUUUGUGAACGCAAAUCCGCAUUACAAAAUCAAUUUGUAAUGCUAAGUCAAGUUGUAAUGCAAUUUAUACUCGUGCGAUGCAAUGCUUUUGCAGUUCAUAGCACACCAGCUUCGAUAACGUGAUCGAGAGCCACGACUUCACCUUUAUAAAUUUUUACGCGGGUUGGUGCCACCACUGCCGCAUGUUCGCGCCGGAAUGGGACAAGUUCGAGAAGGAGGCCAACUCCAAGCCCGGCGAGCUGGUGGACAGCAACGGUUCUCCGGUUUCUGUGCGCGUGAUCAAGAUCAACUGCGUGGACUUCGAGGAGACCUGCAGCCAGGAGCAGAUCAUGGGGUUUCCCACCGUGCGGCUCUACCGACGGACGGUCACGAAGCGGCGGUCCUUCUCCGAGUUUCCGCAGGCCCGAAACGCGGCCGCCCUCUCCGAGUGGAUCAAAAAGGAGCUGAAAAAGCAGGAAGUAAGCAACCCCAACCUGCAGUUCCACAACUUUUUUUCCGAGGGCUGCCGCGCGGAGGGCUUCGUGGAGGUCGCGCGCGUCCCCGGAACGCUGCACCUAGAGGCGUCGCACUCGGACGACACGAGUUUGAAUUUCGCCUUCACCAACGUGAGCCACACCGUGAACCACCUCAGUUUCACUACCGCGGGCGAGUUGUCCAAGUACCCCACCCGGGUGCCGCGCAGCUUCGAGGAGCACGUGAAUGUGUUGGACGGAAGAAAUUUUUUCACCUCCGGCUUCCACCAGGCCCCCCACCACUACAUACAAGUGGUCUCCACCUUUUUCGAGACGCAGAAGGCCCGGAGCUACCAACUCACGCACCAGCAGCGCCUGGCCGCAGUGUCGAAGCACAGCACGCCACAGGCGAAGUUCUCCUACUCCCUCUCCCCAGUCGAGGUGCGGGUCACGCAGAGCGGCUUACGGAAGUGGGAAAGCAUCGUAAUUUCGUCAUAGAUAAAGAUCUGAUGCACUCUCUCUCGUCUCUCGGUCUCGCAGCAUCAGCAUUGCAUCUUCAUAUAAGUAACUUUGUUGGCAUAACGGUGACAAUCAAAAUAGAAAUGCGAGGAGGCUGCUGGAGAAAUUUCUAUGACCGGACAAAAGUCCUUAAUUCCGGAUUUUGCUAGCGGUCUUUAUAGAAAUCCUAGCGGUCCCAGCUUGCUAGCUGACUAACGACAGCGACGCCGUCCGCCCUGGGAAUGCACCCACACGCCAACGAUUUCAAAGCAGUACACUGCAGCGGUGUGGCUCUUUGCAUUCAAUGCAUUGAGCCAACAACCUUGUUGAGAAAAUAGCAAAGGCGUCUGUGCGUGAUGGCUAUAAAAGCUGCGCAGUCAUAAAUAUCACGCUUUGACACGAGUAUGAUCGUCAUUUUUCUAGCGAACUGGGAUCGCUAGAAAAUCUAUAAAGGCCGGUAGAAAAUCCGGAAUUAAGCAAGUUUUGUCCGUUCAUAGAAAUUUCUAUUGUGGAUGGAAUGACAAUGAGCGGUUGCUGCGGUGCCUGUCGUGAAAAAAAAACCUGUCGUGAAGAUCAUGCUUUUCCUUUUUGUAAGUACGUGCAUUUUACGAUGGACUUUUGCCCGCAAUACACCAAAAGAUGGUACGAAUUCAUCACGUCCCUGUUGGCCAUUGUGGGCGGGGCCUUCACCGUCACCGGCAUGCUCCAGGCUUCCACGGCAGCCGCAAAAAGGGCCCUGAAGAUAAAUCUGAACAAAGUGGUGUAGUGAACAGGCUACUUCCACGAAGUUGUACAACUCGACCAAGUAUGACGAACAACAUCCCGCCACGACGCGCCGUCCGAAAAUAUAAAUAAAACACCCGUAAGCAUGAAUGUCAAUGUAGGAUCAACAUAUUGGUUGCAAAGGUGCCGUUGCUGACUUGUAUUUCUGAGUCAGUUUCGGCACCGGUGCCAGCCAAGCUGCCCAAGAUGAAUCAUGACAUUUUAUACACCUUCAUCCCACACUCCUGUUGAUUGUCGCCUCGCCUCCGCACUCCGGAGGACGAGAAGAUGGGAAAGAAAAACACAUGCACAUCAAAAUAACUGCCAUUGCCACCACCUCCAGGAGCACCACCACAACAGGCACAGACUUCGUCAUCUUCGCUGGUGCUGCCAAAGCAGGUUGUGUUGUGUCCAAAACACAAGCACAACAGACACUGAAGAUCCGCAGUGGCCUGCAGUUCUUUUUGGUGGAUUUCUAUGCGAACGCCGAUCCUGAUACACAUACAUUCUACUCGAACGAUGAGAGAUUUGGAUUUCCAUUUGCCACAGCUUUGACUAGUGUCAUUCCCGCCUUUUUUGCAACAUAGACGAGAAUGCCGUACUUCGUGAGCGAAAUCUGCUUGGCGGUGUAAUUUUAUUUUUAGACUGAAGGUCGUUUGUGCAGUAAAGACGACGCGCCGACCAGCACGAAGAACCCUCGACACCCGUCAACAUCUGCAGCGCCACGGCCAUGUUUUCGUCCGCGGCGUCCGCGCCUUUUGUUUCCACCUCCCGCACAGGAGGUGGUGCUUAUCCUUAUCCACAAUACGACGGCCCAACAACACCGCCGGUUCCCUACCUCGUGUGCUCCUUCGCGGUGACAGAGUUUGCACAGGCGGACAUCACGCGGGAAAGUUUUGUUUCCUUGCUGCACUCCGAGC